CGCAAGGCGCACUCGGCUGCGCGCUGGGUGCAGUCGCCCGCGCCAGGGGCUGCGGAGCGCGGGCCGGCGGCCGGGCGGCGGGGGACUCUGCGCCGCGGGACACAGCAAUAUGAGGCGCAGGUUACUCUGACGGCAUCAGGUGGACCGGCACCAUCCCCCGCCCCCUCGCUGGGGCCCGAGCGUGGGGAGCAUGGAGGAGAGCAAGGACGAGGCAGCAAACCGGGCACAUGCCCUCUUUGACCGCUUCGUGCAGGCUGCCACCUGCAAGGGGACCCUGAAGGCCUUCCAGGAGCUCUGUGAGCACUUGGAGGUGAAGCCCCAAGACUACCGCUCCUUCUAUCACAGGCUCAAGUCCAAGCUCCACUACUGGAAAGCCAAAGCCCUGUGGGCAAAGCUGGACAAGCGGGGCAGCCACAAGGACUACAGGAAGGGGAGGGCCUGCAGCAACACCAAGUGUCUCAUCAUCGGAGCCGGUCCCUGUGGUCUCCGCACAGCCAUUGACUUGUCCUUGCUGGGAGCAAAGGUGGUCGUGAUUGAGAAGCGAGAUGCCUUCUCCCGAAACAAUGUCCUGCACCUCUGGCCCUUCACCAUACAUGAUCUGCGAGGUUUGGGUGCCAAGAAGUUCUAUGGCAAGUUCUGUGCUGGGUCCAUCGACCACAUCAGUAUCCGCCAGCUGCAGCUCAUCCUUCUGAAAGUCGCGUUGAUCCUGGGCAUUGAAAUCCAUGUCAAUGUGGAGUUCCAAGGACUCGUGCAGCCUCCUGCGGACCAGGAAAACGAGCGGAUAGGCUGGCGGGCCCUGGUGCACCCUAAAACCCACCCCGUGUCAGAGUACGAGUUUGAAGUGAUCAUCGGAGGGGACGGCCGCAGGAACACCCUGGAAGGGUUUCGUCGGAAAGAGUUCCGUGGCAAACUGGCCAUUGCUAUCACAGCCAACUUCAUCAACCGAAACACAACAGCGGAAGCCAAAGUGGAAGAGAUCAGUGGUGUGGCUUUUAUAUUCAACCAGAAGUUUUUCCAGGAGCUUCGGGAGGCCACAGGCAUUGAUCUGGAGAACAUCGUCUACUACAAGGACGACACGCACUAUUUCGUUAUGACAGCCAAGAAGCAGAGCUUGCUGGACAAAGGGGUGAUACUGCACGACUACGCCGACACGGAGCUGCUGCUGUCCCGGGACAACGUGGACCAGGAGGCUCUGCUGAACUACGCCCGGGAGGCCGCUGACUUCUCCACCCAACAGCAGCUGCCGUCCCUGGACUUUGCCAUCAACCACUACGGGCAGCCCGACGUGGCCAUGUUCGACUUCACCUGCAUGUACGCCUCUGAGAAUGCCGCCCUGGUGCGGGAGCUGCACGGGCACCAGCUCCUUGUGGCCCUGGUUGGGGACAGCCUCCUUGAGCCGUUUUGGCCGAUGGGAACUGGCAUCGCCCGGGGCUUUCUGGCCGCCAUGGACUCUGCCUGGAUGGUGCGAAGUUGGUCUCUGGGAGCCACUCCCCUGGAAGUGCUGGCCGAGAGGGAGAGCAUCUACCGGCUGCUGCCUCAGACCACCCCUGAGAACGUGAGCAAGAACUUCAGCCAGUACAGCAUCGACCCCGUCACCAGGUACCCCAACAUCAACAUCAACUUCCUGCAGCCGAGCCAGGUGCGCCAUUUGUAUGACUCUGGGGAAGCAAGAGACAUCCACCUGGAGCUGGAGGGCCUGGCGCACCCCAGGGCCACCCCCAAGCUGGCUCGCCAUGAGUCUGUACCUCGUUCAAACAAGCUGCUGAGCUGGUGCCAAAGGCAGACGGAGGGCUACGCAGGGGUCAGUGUGACGGAUCUCACCGUGUCUUGGAAGAGUGGCCUGGCCCUGUGCGCCCUUCUCCAUCGGUAUCGCCCCGACCUCAUAGACUUUGAUUCUCUGGAAGAGCAAAACGUGGAGAAGAACAACCAGCUGGCCUUCGACAUCGCGGAGAAGGAGCUGGGCAUCUGCCCCAUCAUGACGGGCAAGGAGAUGGCCUCAGUGGGCGAGCCCGACCAGCUGUCCAUGGUCAUGUACCUGACCCAGUUCUACGAGAUGUUCCGGGACUCGCUGUCCUCCCGUGAUGCCGCAGCCCUGAACGCUGAGGAGAAGGCAGUGCUGGUAGCCAGCACCAAGUCCCCCAUCUCCUUCCUGAGCAAGCUCGGCCAGACCAUCUCCCGGAAGCGGUCCCCCAAGGACAAGAAGGAGAAGGACUCGGACGGGGCUGGGAAGAGGAGGAAGACCAGUCAGUCCGAAGAGGAGGAAGUGCCCCGGGGCUGCAGAGGAGGGCGUCCAGCUCUGGGGAGUGCUCUGACCGACCGGAGGACCGAUGUUGCCCUCGGCAACCAGAACAAAGUCAAGUACAUGGCGACCCAGCUGCUGGCCAAGUUUGAAGAGAACGCGCCUGCCCAGUCCAGCGGCCUGAGGAGACAGCCGACACAAGAGCGUGGGGCUGGCCAGCUGUCCUGCGGCCGACCUGAACAGGGCCGCCCUGCUCCUACCCCACAGUGGAAACAGCGGCAGGGAAAGGAACGUUCUCGGACCUGUCCCAAAAAAGUGAUCACUCUCUCUCCACCCCCCACUCCACCUCCCUGCCGGGCAUGUGGCGGCCAGCAGACGCGCAGGGACCGUGAUGCCGACCACCGCGGCAAGCAGCGUCCCCACCGUGAGCGGCCAAAGUCUGAACCUUCUCGUCGAUUUUUUGUCGACCAGUGGGAGCUUUCUCUUAGUCUCCGUUCCUCCAGCCGCCCCGCCUCUCCCUCCUCUGACUCCCUGCGACAGAAGUAUAUAAAGAUGUACACGGGUGGAGUGAGCUCAUUGGCUGAGCAGAUAGCCAAUCAGCUUCAAAGGAAAGAACAGCCCAAAACCCUUCUAGACAAGAAGGAACUGGGCUCCAUGAAGAAGGAGUUCCCACAGAACCUGGGAGGCAGCGACACGUGCUACUUCUGCCAGAAGCGGGUGUACGUGAUGGAGCGGCUGAGCGCCGAGGGCAAGUUCUUCCACCGGAGCUGCUUCAAGUGCGAGUACUGCGCCACCACGCUGCGCCUGUCGGCCUAUGCCUAUGACAUCGAGGACGGUAAAUUCUACUGCAAACCUCACUACUGUUACCAACCCCUGUCCGGCUCCGCACAGAGGAAGAGACCAGCGGUGACCGCCCUGUCUGGGAAGGAUGCCAGAGCACCCCUGCAGGAGGGCCCCGUGGCAGAUGCAAGUGGACGGGCCAGCGGUGCUAACUCGCCCGCAGACGCCGACCCCGGGUCCAGUGUGAACGGCCUGGAGGAGCCCAGCAUCGCCAAGCGGCUGCGCGGCACCCCCGAGAGGAUCGAGCUGGAGAACUGCCGCCUGUCGGUGCAGCCGGCCGCAGAGCUGCAGGAGGUGCCCGAGGAGACGCAGGCCGAGCACAACCUCAGCAGCGUGCUGGACAAGGGCCUGGAGGACGACGCCGCCAGCAGCAGCUCUGAGUCCGAGAUGGAGGAGGAGGAGGACGACGAGGAAGAGCCCGCACUGCCCACCUCGGACCUGGGCGGCGUUCCCUGGAAGGAAGCUGUGCGGAUCCACGCGCUGCUCAAAGGGAAGAGCGAGGAGGACCUGGAUGCCUCCAGGAGCCGGGAGCCCGGGGAGGAGGAGGAGGAGCAGGAGGAAGAGGGGGAGGAGGAAGAGGAGGAGGAGGAGGAAGAGGAGGAGGAGGAAGAGGAGGAGGACUACGACGCGGAGUCCAGUGAAGCAGCUGCCCGGAGCCAGAGGCUGCCGCAGGCCCCGAGCGCGGCCGACCCCCUGGAGAUCCAGGCGGACGUGCACUGGACACACGUCCGGGAGAAGGAGGAGGAGGAGCGCAUGGCGCCCGGCUCCGCGCCCUCCACUUCCCGAGCGCCUGACCUCCCCUCCGCGCGCCGCGCAGCCGUGCAGGCCUGGCUGGAGACAGUGUCCGGAGGCCCUUCGGACGAGCGUGACCUGGAGGAGGACGCGGACUCGGAGCCAGCGGAGAUAGAAGGGGAGGCCGCUGAGAAUGGGGACACGGGGGACACUGGCGCAGAGCUGGAUGACGAUCAGCACUGGUCUGACGACAUCCCCUGGGAGGCCGAGGCCGAGGUGCACGGGCCACUGCCGCCGACGGCAGCCGUGGAGCUGGAGCUGAAGGUCUCAGAAGACCGAGUGGCUUGGCCCGCUGCCUCUCCACAACCCCGAGGGAGAGGUCCCUCCCAAGUCUCCAGUCCCAUCCGGUCCACGGUGGCAGAAGCUGCGCUGUUCCCCCGUGUCCACAGCCCCUCGGCCGAGGGCGCCCGGGGCCCUCUCCUGUCUGGGGUCGCCAGGCUGAAAUCGCCUGAGGAGCGCCUCUUCCCGGAGCUCUUGGUCCCCAGAGUGGACAUUGCCGCUGACCAGAAAGCUACGCCCUCUCCUGCCCACACCCCUCCCGCGGCCCUGCCGCCGCGCUCCCCGCUGGCCGCCCCCACCCCGCUCCCCAUUUGCUCCCAGCCGCAGCCUUCCUGCGAGGCCGCCGUCCCAUCGCCCACCUUGUCCCCCAUAUGCUUCCAGCCUGGUCCAGCCAAGACGUCCACCCCCCUGGCCCCCGUCCCCGUGAAGAGCCAAGGGGACGCCCAGGACAGGCUGGGCAGCCCCCUGGCUGCAGACGAGGCUCUGCGGCGCAGCGACCUGGUAGCCGAGUUCUGGACGAAGAGCGCCGAGAUCCGCCGCAGCCUCGGGCUCACGCCCGUCGAGCGGGGCAAGGCGCCCGAGCUCGGCUUCCCCUCACCCUCCCUGAAGCCCGUGUCCCUCAAGGCCUACUCAGUGGAGAAGUCCCCUCAGGGCGAGGGGCUCCCUCUCCUGAAAGCCCCGCCUGUUCCCAAGAGACUGGGCCUCCCGCCCUCGGAGGGCGACCAGCCCUGCCUGCCCACCCCCAAGUCCCCGUCUGACCGCGAGCCGAGGAGCGCCCAGGAGGAGCGGCGGGACCUGUCCAGCAGCUCCGGCCUGGGCCUGCACGGGAGCUCCUCCAACACGAAGACCCUGGGCAGCCAGAGCUUCAACACCUCGGACUCCACGAUGCUCACCCCGCCCUCCAGCCCGCCCCCACCCCCGCCGCAGGGCGAGGAGCCCGCCACUCUGCGCAGGAAGCCCCCCCAGAUGCCUGAGCCUCAGGAGGCAGAGCCCAAGGCCUCGGGGGUCCCACCUCCCCCAGCAGCCACCGCCCUGCGGCCACCCCGGGAGCCGGCCCAGCCCCCCCGAGAGGAGGUGCGGAAGUCGUUUGUGGAGAGCGUGGAUGACAUCCCCUUCGCCGACGACGUGGAGGACACCUACGAGGACCGGACCGAGGACUCGAGUCUGCAGGAGAAGUUCUUCACGCCCCCGUCCGGCCCGCCCCUCUCCGAGAAGCCCCUCCGGCCACCCGUGGCCAAGGAGAACGGCAGGUUGCCCAGUCUGGAGAGUGGGGUGCACCUGCAGAAGAGGGGGCUGCCUGUCGUCUCCCCGGAGGCCAAGGAGCGGGCUGAGGAGCGCAUGAGGGCCCGGGAGAGGUCAGUGAAGAGCCAGGCGCUGAGGGACGCCAUGGCCACGCAGCUGCGUCGCAUGAAAGAGAUGGAGACGGCGGCCAAGGCCUCCAGGCCCCCCGGGGGCCCCGGCCGCAAACCCUCCUCGGGGCCCCCCAAGGGCAGAGUCCCCGGCCUCGCGUCCCACAGAGUUCCGGAAGAGCCCACCGCCAAGCACAAAGCCGCCAGCGAGGAGGCCCUGUCGCCCGCGUCGGACUCGGGGCCCCCCGACGGCUCGCUCACCUCCUCCGAGGGCUCCAGCGGGAAGAGCAAGAAGAGAGCGUCGCUCUUCUCCCCACGCAGAGCCAAGGGGGGGGCGGCCAAGGCGGGGGGGCGGCCCCCGGGGGAGCCGGGCGCACGCCUUGCAGAGGAGGCGGCCCCCAAGCCCCGGUCCCUGUGGAAGUCGGUCUUCUCUGGGUACAAGAAGGACAAGAAGAAGAAGGGAGACCACAAGUCCUGCCCCAGCACCCCCUCCAGCGGGGCCACUGUGGACUCAGGGACGCACCGGGCGUCGCCCAGACUGAAAGCAGAGUUGCAGCUCCGACGCCAGCUGAGCUUCUCAGAGGACUCAGACCUCUCUAGUGAUGACGUCCUCGAGAGUGCCUCCCAGAGGUCGAAGCGAGAGCCGAGAACUUACACGGAGGAGGAGCUGAGCGCCAAGCUGACGCGGCGCGUGCAGAAGGCGGCACGGAGGCAGGCCAAGCAGGAGGAGCUGAAGCGACUGCACCGCGCCCAGAUCAUCCAGCGGCAGCUGGAGCAGGUGGAGGAGCGGCAGCGGCACCUGGAGGAGAGGGGGGUCGCGGUGGAGAAGGCGCUCCGUGGGGAAGCAGUCGAGCCCAGUGGCGGGACUCCACGGCGUAGACCUCUCUCCUUCUGCCCUUGCUGUGUCCAGGAAGGCAUGGGCAAGAAGGACGACCCCAAGCUGAUGCAGGAGUGGUUCCGGCUGGUGCAGGAGAAGAACGCCAUGGUGCGCUACGAGUCGGAGCUGAUGAUCUUUGCCCGGGAGCUGGAACUGGAGGACCGGCAGAGCCGGCUGCAGCAGGAGCUGCGGGAGCGGAUGGCCGUGGAAGACCACCUGAAGACAGAGGAGGAGCUGUCGGACGAGAAAAGGAUCCUGAACGAGAUGCUGGAGGUGGUGGAGCAGAGGGACGCCCUGGUGGCCCUGCUGGAGGAGCAGCGGCUGCGGGAGAAGGAGGAGGACCGGGACCUGGAGGCCGCCAUGCUAUCUAAGGGCUUCAGCCUGAACUGGUCCUGAGCGCCCGCCACACACACUGGCCGGUCCUCGGCGUCCGCCAACCCAGCUGGGCCCUACAGACCGCCCGGCCGAGAGCCGAGCAGGCCAGCACCUCCUGGGCGUCCAGCGCCUCUGGAGCAGCAGCCAGGCGUCUGUGCGGAGCGGAGCCCGGUGGAGGCGACUACCCGAGGGGCUCUGCCUCCUUCAGGAGGCUCGUCCGACUCCCCCCAAGGGUGUGCAGGUCAUGAGGGCAGUGGUGCCACACUCCGGGAGAAGCGAGGACUGCGAGGUCCCCCUGGACGCGCAGGGACCUGCACCCCUCCGUGUGCAGCCACGGGCGACGAGGGAAGCAAGCGGCUGCCUCUGUGGGGCCGGUGGCCGCCAGAGCGCACCCGCACAGAGGAGGGGGCUGUCUUCACGGCCCGGAGCGCCACCAAAGAGACGAAGGAGACAGCCCAGGGGGCUGCCUGUGAGCUGAGACCAGAAGGGGCCACGGCCAGCCAGGCUGCCGCCGGCCCUGCAUUGCUGGGAAGCUGAGGGGCCCCGUGUCCAAGUUCAACAUGCAAGCAAGGAGGACCCACGAGGGGCCUGCUCCCAGCUCCACACCACACACUGGACUCCACGUGGCCAAACGCCCCAGGUCCGGCCCCGACUGGGCCCGAGGCCUGUGUAUUGCUGCAUUUUGCUUUUAGUUCACAACUGUUUUAACACUGGAAAAGCCUGACCCUGGGCGACGACGCACCAGGCCCCGCGGACAGGGCGGCGCGGCCGCCGUCCCGGGCGGGAGUCACCCUGCUGGUGUUUUCCUGCGUUUGCACAUCGAAAUGAAGCUGACAAUCCAGCAAGACACUCAGACGCUUCGGACUCUUUUUGUCGAUUAUUUUUUUAAUACUUGAAAAAGAAAGACUUCCUUUUUAUAUCUUUACUAGGGACACUGACCACCUAGCAUCUGGUGUGGGCGUGGCGGGCAUCCCCGGUCGCUGCCCGAGCGCUGGUCACACCGUCUGCUGAUUCCCCUUCCUCACGGCACCCUGUCCCCCCGGCCCGGGGGCCCCGCUCCCAGCGCCUCUGUGUCCCCCACCCCCACCCGGUACCAUGUCCUCAUGCUGGCGCCAAACCUGAUGCCAACACCACCUGUCAGGAGGACGUUUGAGCACAGUGUGCGGCCGCCUGUCUCUCCCAGUGGGAGCCCCGGCUCUGCAGAACCCAUCUUCUUCGCUGUUUUUGGUGCCAGGGUUUUUCACCUCCCGCAGCAUGCUUAUUGGAGAAAGUUGGGGGCGGGCCCUCUUGCAGGCUGGCCUCCUCCGUGCCUGGUGGGCCCACCUGAUGGGGAUUCCCUCCGCCCAGCCUCAGACCCAACCAGAGAGACAAGCAGUGAGGGCCGAGCUAUCAGGGUUCAGGUUGGUCUCUCCAGGCCAGACCCCUCAGUUCCUGGGUCUUCCUGGGGAGACAAGGGGUGAUUCCUCACGGCUCAGCUGCAGCGUGAGGAGGCCCAGGGCGGCCAGGCACCACUCGGCCAUGCACAGAACUAACCCACCCGUGCGAGGCCAGUCUGGGGGUCCUCCAGCCGACUCCCGUGCAGAGCGGCCAAAGUCCAGAGAGCAGAGCCCGGCGGCUCAUCCAGGCCACCUGGAGGCAGGCGGACCGGGCAUCUGUGCCGAACCCGGACUUCGUGGGGAACCACACUGUGCCUCACCGCGAACAGCCGUGCUCACCACAGGGGAGCAGAGCGCCUGCCUCGCCCCUCCCGCCGCCCCAGCGCCACCGGCCCCUCCUGUGGGUGGCCGGAUGCUGCCAGCCGCCCGCACAGGUCUGCCUCCUGCCCUGCUUGCGGCGAGGCCGGCAGACUUCUGUUUUAUUCUCUUUUCUAGAAAAGGGCGAGGAGGUAUUCUAGGUUCCACCUUUAAAACCCAACCUUCCAUCAGGUCGGACCUAGGACAGGACCUUUGUCGCCCGUGUGGCCUUUUGCAGACCCUCCGCCUCUCGGAGGCUUGGAGCCUGGCUGCGCCCCGGGAGAGACGCCACUCCCGGACCCCACGUCAGGGGCGCCGUGUGCAGGGCAGUGGAAGGGGCGUGGCCCGAUGCCAUGGGGCGUGAGGUGUUGCAGUCUGCCCGUGCUGCCGGCCCGGGCUGCCCCCUUCUGGAGCGCACACGGCUCCCUCCCGUCCCUGCAGCGGGGCUGAGGACUUCGCCAAGAAGCUUUAAAAACCCAAGAGCCUGUACGGGGCUCCCCAGCACUCCACUCCACACGACACUCUUUUUAAAGCUCCCGUUUUGUAACCACUAGUUUGCAGUCUGUUUAGAGCCCUGGCUGGCGACGUGCGGCAUGGUGUGUGCUCCAGCCCUGGGAGUGCACGCACGCCACGCAGGCGGGGCUUCCUCCGGAGGGGUGGGUCCCCUGGAAGGCUGGGAACGGUCGGGCGUCUGUGGAGAUGCCCGAGGUCAAGGGAGCUCAGACACACCGACGCCAUGGGUGGCUGCAGUGCCCCCGCCCGAGCCCGAGUCGCCGUGGUGGGGGUCGGCAGCAGGCCCGAGCCCCAGGAGCCAACUUCCAGCUUCUUCGACCAGCAGUGACAGACGCUUCCUCCAAAAGAGAUUUUUCGGUGGGGCAGGAAGUCCGCUGAAAGAAAGAAGUUCCUGAAGUAACAACUGAGCUACAAAGGGGAGUGGGUCGUUUCAUGCGCAAUAAAUGUUUUCAAAGAA